AUGACCAGACCUGGUUUAUUCCGUCACUGUCUCUGACCGACACCAGCUCCGCUCCCCCGCUGUUCCCCAGCCUCUCGCUGAGCAACCACGCUGUUAUUGUUUCAAUAGAGAGACGGAAACCAGAAGAAGAAGAAGGAGAAGAAGAAGAAGGAGAAGAAGAAGAGCAGCUGCCUCGUAAAGCUCUCGCUCCUCCGUCAAGUCAAGUGCAGCUGGUUCGUGCGUCAACCUGCGCCUGUGACGCGGCGUCACGACGACCCUGCUCCCCGGGCUUUUCCCUCGUCUUUCCCCGGCGAUAAGAAGAAGUCAGGUCCGCUCAGUGAGGCGUCUUGUGUCCGAGGUGAAGGAUGAAACUCUCUCACGCGGUGGCCGCGCUGCUCGUCGCCUGCUGUGCCGGGUUAGGUUGUGUUCAGGCCGUGACUCUGGAGGUAAAAGAGGGGAACUCCACCUGCAUUAAGGCUGAGCUUUCUGCAUCAUUCUCCAUCACAUACGACACCUUCAGCAGCACGAGAACGGCGCAGUUUACUCUGCCCGACUCCGCCACAGUCGACACCAGAAGCAGCUCGUGCGGCACAGAGGAGAGCUUUCCUUGGCUGGAGGCGGUGUUCGGACCCGGCCAUGCUCUGGGGCUGAGCUUUUCCUCCAACGCGAGUCUGUACAGCGUCGCGAACCUGACGCUGCAGUACAACCUCAGCGAUUCGACGAUCUUCCCUGAAGCCAACAGCUCCGAUGUGGUCACAGUGGUGUCGGCUUCCGUCGGGAUCUGGGCGGCAAUCAACACCACCUACCGCUGUGUGAGCCCCGUCGCUUUAAGAGUCGGUGGAGCGAAUGUCACUUUCUCUGGCAUGAGGCUGGAGGCCUUCAUGCCAGGAAAUGACCUGAGUCCAACAGAAAGCGUCUGUUUGGCGGAUACAACCAGUACUACAGCUCCACCCACCACCACUGCUGCUUCGACAACAACAGCUCCAGCACCGACGCCUUCAGGAACACCCGAACACGGCAUGUACUCUGUAAAGAACAGCAAUGGCACGGAAUGUCUCCUGGCUCAGUUUGGACUUCAGUUCAACAUCUCCUACUUCUCUAAAUCUCAGAAUAAGACUGUCCAGGAUUUAGUAAACCUGACCCCUACUCAGACAAAUGCAUCAGGAUCAUGUGAAGCCAGCAGAGCUACCUUGGUUUUGACAGAAAAGCAAGACACCACACUCAACUUCACCUUCACGCUGAACUCCACGACCAACAAGUACCACCUGAGUGGGAUAUCUCUGCUCGCCAACUGGCCUGAUAUGACAGCUCGGUUUUCCGCCAUUAACACCAGUCUGGAGUACCUGCCGAGUUCACUGGGCCGCUCGUACAUGUGUAACGCAGAGCAAACUCUGAUCGUGGCACCAACCUUGUCUCUCAACACAUUCAGACUGCAGGUCCAACCGUUUGGAGUCAUCACAGACCAGUUUGCUACAGCGGAGGAGUGUCAGAUGGACCAGGACCAGAUGCUCAUCCCCAUCAUCGUCGGGGCAGCGCUCGCUGGCCUGGUGCUGAUUGUGCUCAUUGCGUACCUAAUAGGUAGGAAGAGGAGCCAUGCUGGAUACCAGACCAUCUGAGCGGCGCCUCCGUUUAACUUGAACUGGACGGACUGAAUAAUGGAGAGAUGAAUGUGUGAAUGAGCAACUGGACACGAGCAUGAGCGAAUGGAAGUGGAUGUUUCUAUGUGGCGAGUGCAUGUUUUUUUUGCAUCCUAUGUGACCUCUGGACUUUUUAUUUUCCUUUCACCUUCUCUGUGGAAUGAUGAUGAGAAGCAAUAUACCUGCUGAGUACAGAUGCUGAUGAAGCCGGAGAGGAUAGUUUGAAUGCUUGAUAAAGUUGACCAUCAGCUGCUUUGCUAUACUCUAUGUUCUAGGAAUCAGUUGAAUUUGCUUUAACUGCUGUUUGUUGUUGUUCCCCAUGUAAAUCUUUUUUUUUUAAAAAACCUAUUUAAUAUCCCGUGCAGAUGAAAAAGAGGCAAAUUAACUGUAGGAAAAAGUAGUUUUUUAAAGUUCCGAUGUAUUAUCCACUGCCGUAUAAACAUUUCAACUUGGGUGGAGUUUUAUUCUUA